UUCUAGUUCCUAACUUAUGUAGAUAAGCCAGCAUAGCUGCAAUGGAAGACGAGGUGCCUUCUGAAUCAUGGACAUUGCAGGGCGGAGAUAAAGCAUUAAUCGCUGCUAAAAAUCGCGCUGCAACGCGUCGUCCUGCUUCCUCCCCUAACCCCAAUAUCAGCAACUCAAACCAGCCCGUGACUGCUUUCUCGUCUGACCCUGAUGGCUAUUCAAAGCUCAUGUUUCCACUCUCACCUGAACGUGAUAGUAACUUAAAGUCCAGAGAAGGUCGUUUGAUUUCGCCGUCUCGUCGCAAGUCUGUCGCACAGCCUGCGUCGGGACGAAGUCGCACGAGGGAGAGCAGCAGCGGUAGCAAUGACGUAGUAAUGAUCGAUUCAAACGCGAAAAAGCGUGCGACUUAUCAGCGAAUUACUGACCGGAAUAGCAUGGCCGAUGGAACGCUGCCAGCGGGAAUUCAUGAUAGGGAUACUGUUGACGACACGAGUCAGCGUCGCAGCCAGCGAAACGGACAGGUAGCUGACCGAGCAACGGAGAGUAUUCAUUUCCCAGCGGAAGGUGCUCCAAAGGGGGUGACGGGAUCUAGUCAUAUUCAGAGCUCGAGCGGUCGAAUUGGGGACAACUCCGGAAAGGUAAGUGGUUCUAGAAUGGCUCACAGCCGGACUCGUAGCGUCGACUUAAGCGUUGUUCUGUGCAGGCCUAUAACGGAGAUAGAAGUGGUGGAGCGCUGGGGCGGAACCUCACUGAAUCGAGCCUUAUCCGGUGCAGCACGGUCAGACGGAUUAGGCGGAGCUCUCACGACCGUCGAUGCAGCCCCGAUGGACGGGCACGACUCGUCACGUUCCGCAGCGGAUCAAUGGCGGAAGAACCCUAGCGCGUGGAUGGAGUUUAAGAGGGGGGAAUUUAGUCGAAGUGCUUCUAAGGAAACUGACUCUAGUGAAGGCGUGUCCUGGGCUGGCGACGGUGAGACGGUCGCUCCUGUAGCGAGACGUGCUAGCGUCAACUCACGUUCUGAUCCAUCGGCGUCAAACCCUAACAUCCACCGGCGCACGAAAUCGUUUCAUCAUCAACCCAUCGUCAAGCCCAUAGCUGAUCUCUCACCCGCAACUUCAUCCACACCUUCAGGCGCCUACCCUCCUCCCGCGUCUCUCUUUGCCCGCUCCAGCACCACUACCACCACGCACUCCAGGGACUACUCUGAGUCGACUCAACUCACACCGACAGGCGUCUACCCUCCUCCCACGUCUCUCUUUGCCCGCUCUAGCACCACUACUGCGCACUCCAAGGUCUCGCUCCCCUCUCCCAGACCCCCGCUUCCUUCCCACACGCCCAGAGAGUCGGCUCUCUCACCGUUUUCUAGGUUUAACCGCUCGGAAUCCGCGAAAGUAGCUGCUGGUGGUAGUGCGGGUGCUGGUGCUGCUACUGCUGCUGCUGGUGCCUCAACUCGCGCUAGUGGUGGCGCUGGUGCUGCUCGCAUGCAAUCGUUGGGGCAGCAGCAGCACCUAGAGCUUCGGCAGCAGCAGCAACAGCAGCAGCGGCAGCAGCCGCUUCAGUGCAGUUCUCUUGAGUCUGGGAGUGAGAGCGAGAGCAGUCGGUCAGUUAGAAGUUCCCUCCACACGCGCAGUCAGAGCAGCACGCACGUCUCGAGCCAAAGCCUGACUGACGGAACAAGACAGCCGCAGCAACAGCUGACAGAGCAGCAGCAGCGGCAGCAGCAGCGUCCGGGCCGGCAGCAGCAUGGGUUUGAGAGUCAGAGCGAGAGCAGUCGGCCAGUAAAGAGUGGAGCUCACAGGCGCAGUCAGAGCAGUGCGCAUGUUGUCAGGCGUCACUUGGAUGAGUCACAAGGUCAGCAGCAGCAGCAGCAGCAGCAGCAUUUUGGGCAGCAGCAGCAGCAACAGCAGCAUGGGUCUGGGAAUGAGACCGAGAACGCCCAGUCAGUAGUGAGUGCAAGGCACAGCCGCAGUCAGAGCAGCGCACUCGUCUCCAGAGGCUACUUGGAUCAGUCACUAGGUUAUCGACAUCAGCAACAGCAGCAGCAGCAGCAUCCGGGACGACAUCAGCUACAGCAGCAUGGGUCCGAGACUGAGAGCAAGAGCAGUCAGUCGGUAAAGAGUGGCAGCCACAGGCGCAGUCAGAGCAGCGCACUUGACCCCAGAGGCUACGUGGACCAGCCACUAGGCCAGCCGCAUCAGCAAAAGCUGCAGCAUUUGGAGUGGAAAUCGCCGCCGCCGCCGCCGCAGCAGCAGCAGGAGCAGCAGCAGGAGCAGCAGCAGCAUGCGGGACGACGGCAACUACAGCGGCAUGGGUCUGAGAGCGGGAGUGGUCAGUUGGAAAAAGGUGCAAGCCACAGGCGCAGUCAGAGCAGUGUGCGUGCCUUCAGCCGAUGCUCGUCUUCCCCAGUCGGGCAGCUGCAUGACCAGCAUCCCUGGCAGCGACCGCAGCUGCAGGAUCAGCAGCAGCAGCAGCAGCAGCAGCAGCAGCAUCAGUGGCGGCAGCAGCAGUGGCACGCGGAUGCAGGUGGUUUGAGAGGGCGGCACCGCGCCUCUCAGUCCCUGCAGCUUUCCCUCGAUGAUCCAGCAGCAGCGAGCAGGUGGGGGGUUGAGGAACAGGCGCAGGAGCUGCAGGCACGACAGGCAGGACAAUUGGCACAACUGCCGGGAGCAGGAUUGACACAACUGCCGGGAGAACGAUUGACACAACUGCCGGGAGAACGAUUGACACAACUGCCGGGAGCAGCAUUGACACAACUGCCGGGAGAACGAUGGCCAGCUGACGUAACAGAUGGGUGGGAGGGAUCAGUUGGAGGCGCUAAUUUGAGCAGUGGAUCUCCUGAGGCUGCUUUUCUGAGAAGGCACGAGGCAGGAGACGAGGGGUCAAGCGCAGCAUCCGGAGCAGACAGAGCAUGGGGGGAAAAGCGGAUUAGGACGGCUAGAAUGAGCAUUGACCAUCUCCCAAGCCCGCUGUCUCGAGUUGGGCCUAGAUCACAACAGGGGGUUUGUUCAAGGGCUGAGCGCUUGACUGACAGACUGCUGACUGACUCUGAUGACGUCUUGACGGAUUCUGACGUAGGUUUAGAUGGCACUGCCGGGCUGAUGACAGCUGACGUGGCAGUACAUGUUGGACAUGUGGUAGGGGCCCGGAGUUUUGAUGGGCCAGGGGGAUGGGGAGGAGAAGGAUUGAGAAUACCGGCAGCAGAGCAAGCAGGGGAGAGUGAGAGGGACCUUCUCUCUCCCAGCGAUGAUGCAGCUCCUAUUGCUACGCCUGUGUAUGGCCCCAUGGUUCCGGGGCAGUGGGAGGAGAGAAGCAGGGAAGCAGAGGAAGAAUCGGAGCACCGGCAGGAGGGGGACGUUGAGAUGGACGGUGGGUUUGAGAUGGCGGACGGAGUAGAGAAGGAUGCAUUACACGAGGAGCAGUGGUUCGGAGGUGGCGGGGAUGCUGGUUUGGGGGCCAUUGAAUCGCGGUUGGGAGGAGCUGAUGAUGAUGAUGAUGGCGAAGGGAGUGACAGUGGGGAGAGUUGCGUCGUAAUGGCUGAUGUGGUGGAAGUGGAGGACGAGGAGGAAGAGGAAGAGGAGGCGGGGGAGGAGGAGGCUAAGGAUGCAGAGGAGGAGAUUUUAGUGGGGCCAGAGCACUGGGAUGGGGAGGUGGAGACAGAGGAGGAUGAGGAGGAGGAAGAGGAGGAGGAGGAGGAAGAGGAGGAGGAGGAGGAGGAGGAAGAGGAGGAAGAGGAGGAAAGGGAAGUGGUUGAGGAAGUGGUGGGGGUGGAGGUAGGUGGUAGAGAGGGCGUAUGUGGUAGAGAGGGGGUAUUUGAGGAUGGCGACCCUCCUGGUACUUCAUCACUGCAUGCUGGCAGAAAGGCAGUGGAGGUAGCGGCAGACGUAGAGGAACCCCAAACGGACAGCAUGGGGGAUGGGGGGAGGGGGGAGAAUCAGAGCACGAGCAAGAGCAGCAGCUGGAGGAGCAAGAGCAGCGGGGGUUUGUUUCAGGGUUUGAGGAGCAGAAGCAAGCUGUUUCUUGGAGGCAAGGCUGGUGCGCAUGGGGGAACGGACAGCCAGCAGCCGGGAGGAGCAGGAGAAGCAGAGAGGCCAGAGGACCAUACUGCAGCAGAUGCUACCAGUGAAGGGGCCGCUGCCAUAACCAGCACCGGCACCAGCAGCAGCAGCACCAGGAGCAUUUCUGGGCUCAGAGUGAGGUCUUUUGCUGCUGUCAAGGGAGCAAGGGGGGGGAUCUCGUCAGCAGCUGCCAAAGCAGCGGCUGGGAUCAGCUCAGGCGCGCGCAACGUUGCUGCAGUUACCAGCAUUCCUGGCGCUGCUGCUAGGAACGUGGCUGCUGCAGCAGGGGAGGCGGGGCAGGGGGCGAAGAACUUUGCUGCUGUGGCCGCAGGGGGGGUGGCAACAGGUGCGCUGACUGUUGCUGGCGGGAUUAAGGGAGGGGCAAAGAACGUUGCUGGAGGCAUAAAGGGCGGGGCGAGGAAUGUUGCUGGGGGUAUUAAGGGAGGAGUGAAGACUGUUACUGGUGGUGUGAAAAGUGUUGCUGGAGGGGUGAAAGAUGGGGCGUUGACGGUAGCAGGAGGGGUGAGAGGAGGAGUGUUUACGGUAGCUGGAGGAGUGAGGGAAGGGGCCAUGACUGUUGCUGGAGGGUUGAGAGAAGUGGCUGCUGAAAUCAAGCAUCGAGCAGACGAGGCGGUGGCUGAGGUGGCUGCAGGCACUACCAAGCUGCAAAGGGUGCAUAGCGUUGAGGAAAACGAGGAGUAUGGCGGUCAGGAGGAGGAAGGGUUACGGAGUAACAGCUUGAGUAAGAGCAAGAGCACGGAUGCAGCCACUAGCGUGAUCCGACCCAGCCCGAGUUUCCUUAAGAGCAGCACCGUUACUAGGAGUAAGACCCACGACAGCAGCACCAUCAGGGCCCCAGCUCACAGCAGCCGAAGCAGCAGUGUCAGCAGCAGUCCGGUUCUCCCAGCGAGCCUCGGUAGGAGUAGGAGCAGCGGGAAGGAGCGAGACACGCCCCGCACCUUCACAGAAGGUUCCUUCGAUGCGGAGUCUUUCCUGGAAGGUUCGUUCGGCGCGGACUCGCUCCCGAGGUGCUCUUUCGAUGCAGCCUCUUUUCACUCCAGCCCGGCCCAUACAGACUUGUUUAACCCUGAUUUUUUCAGUGUAGAUUUCUCAGGUGAUCUUGGUAAUAGCGGGUCUCUCAAUAGAGGGGAUUCCAGGAGGGCAGCCUCACUCCCUCGUAAGGAGUCCAGAGGCAACCUGCUGGUGAGAGGGAGCGCUGCUCUGGUGGCUAGGAGUGCAACCACGGCUUCGCUUAUGGCCAGAGCUGAUUCAACAGCUGUUGCGAUGACACGAAGCGACACAACGGCUGUUACUGCGGUGAGACGAAGUGACACAACCGCGGCUACCACCAUGACACGAAGAGACUCCUCUGCCACUGGCGCGUCGUUUCCCAGCAGCAGCAGCGUUAUGGGGGGAGGCCUCUUGGGAAACUUAGGCGCCCGUCACGCUCCCAAGGGGCGUUCUGCCAGACUAUCAGGGGAAUUUACCCAUUCCAGUUUUGACGAGAUGUUUCCCAGUCCCGACAGCGCUCCUCUGUCCCCUGAGGAUGCCCUCUUAGCUCUCUGGGAGGUGGAGGGGGAGGAAGGGGGAGACGGAGGGGAGAACGGUAAGGGGAGGAUGAAAGGCCCUCACUCGCGCCGUCUGAAUGCUUCGGGUCUUGCUAUAGCCGGGGCUGCUGCCGAAGCUGCGGCUGGGAUCACGUCCGGGGCCCGGACCGUUGCCGCAGCUGCGGCAGGGGUUCGGUCCGGAGCUAAGAAUGUAGCCUCGGCGGCAGCUGGAGGAGCUAAGAAUGUAGCUUCGGCAGCAGCAGGGGGGGCAAAGAGUGUGGCUACUGCUGCAGCGGGGGGGAUAGCAUCGGGAGCAAUGAAUGUGGCAGGAGGGAUCAAGGGAGGGGCGAGGAACGUUGCUACAGCGGCAGCAGCCGCAGCAUCGGGGAUAGGGUCUAGGGUAGAGAAUAUGGCUAGAGGGCCGGGGGGGUCGAGUCUGAGUGGCAGUAUGGCAUUGCUGGGUGGGAAUGUGGGGAACUGCUGCAAGCAGGCGCCGAGGACAGAGACGUUUGGGCACAAUGCGUCUUUUGUUGAGAGGUACGUGGCAGGGAUGGAGGGGAAUGAGGGGAUGGAGGGGAAUGAGGGGAUGGAGGGGAAUGAGGGGAUGGAGUGGAAUGAGGAGGCGGGGAGUGGAUGGGAGGCGAGGGGAGAGGUGGAGGGAGGAGAAAAUGGUGAGGGAAGAUGUGAAGGGGUGGGAGAAGAGGUGGAAGAGGAGGAGGAGAAGGAGGAGGAGGAGGAGGGUGGGCUGGAGCGAGAGGGUGAGAUGGGGUAUGAGACGAAGGAGAAGGGGGAGGAAGGGGCGCUUGGGGAAGUGGAAGGGGAGGAGGUGGGGGUGGAAGGGGGGGAGAUGGUAAGUGUGGCGGACAUUGUGUUUGGGAAGGACGACCCGCGCUAUGUGACGAGUUUGGGUGUGACUGUGACUGAUACCCUUGCAAGCACAGACACGGGGUUGGUUCUCUGGGCAGUAUCCAGCAGUGCUGUGGCAGCAGCCUUUUCUAGCAGCAGCAUGGGAGGGGAUGCUCCUGCUGCGGGUAAUGCAGCAGUGCCGCAUGCAGUCAGCAGCAGCAGUGUUGCGGUAACCAGCAGUUUUGCAGUAACCAGCACUUUCGCUGAAACCAGCAGAGCAACGCUGACCCCAUACAGCAGCCGGGAAGCUAUGGCUGCCCCAGUGGGUGCUGUUCGCAGCAAGCAGGGCAGGCGGGCAGUGGCGGCUUACCAGGUGCCGCUAUCCAAGCGCAUCAGAACAAUGUUAGGUCGACACCAUCAGGUGGGGGCAGAUGAAGGCAUGGGAGUGGGAGUGGGUGAUGAGGGCACGAGCACAGGGUUGGAUGAGGGCACAGCGGCGGGAGUGGGUGAGGGCGUGAUGCUGCGUGUGUCUAAGUCCCUAGGGGACGAGGGACAGCAGCAGCAGCAGCAGCAGCAGCAGCAGCAGCAGCGGGUGAUGCUAAGGGCCAAGUCCGAGGGUAGGGGUGUUGCCUCGUCUUUAUCCUCCUCAUUGCUUGCUUCGGUUGAGCGCUCCGCAUCCGAUUUCGUGUCCAGCAGUUCUGUUUCAAACGGUCGCCUGGGUUCGAGGAAGCGGCUGCAUGAAGUGUUUCUGGAGCAGCAGCAGCUGGAGAAGCAGCAGCUGGAGCAGCAGCAGCAAAAGGAGCAAAGGGGUGGUGGCCUUGAGGUGUUGGGGCGUGGGGGUGAAGGUGAAACAUCAGCAGCAGCAAACCGGCAUUUCGAGGAAGACCAGCAGCAGCAAAGGCGGCUCCGGAGUCGUGGCUUGGGCCGGACAGCAGUGCACCCUAGGCAUUGCAUGUCAGCUGGAUCCGUCCCUUCUCUUCAUGCUGCCGCAGAUACUGCUUUACUUGUUGGUGGAGAUGCUUUCUCAGGUGCUUUCUCAGGUGCUUCAGCAUCCUCUGGCAGCUCUCUAAUCCCCCACCGCUUUCUCUUUCAAGAGCCUCCAGCCACCAGCAUUCGCCGCGUUACCAGCAGCAACAGCAGGAGCAACAGCCGCAGGAACAGCAAUCCUCCAGGCCACACUGGCAGCCCUUGUUGGCUGCAUAAGAGCAGCCCUAAUAGGCUCCGUAAAAGCAGCAGCAGCAACGGAAAUAGCAGCAGCCAGUUUCAACAGGAUAGCGCCCAGCUCAUGGCUGCAAGUGAUGCUGCUGCUAAUAAUGCUGCUGCUGCUAUUGAUGCUGCUGCUAAUGGUGCUCCCGGUGCUAUUAUUGUUGCUGACGGUGCUGCUGCUUCUGCUGCUGCGGAUGGCGUUGCUGCUGGAUCUACCAGUGCACCAACGUCUCCCCUGCUCGAAGCAUCGCCCCGCCUCAGUCGCUCCAAGUCCUCUGGGGCUGCAUUCGAAGCUGCCACAUCCGGCGAUGAUUCUCCAGCACAGCAGCAGCCAGUAGAAAACAUGCAAUCACAGCAGCAGCAGGGGCAGCAGCAGGGGCAACAGAAGCACAGAUUGCAGAAGCUCAGCUCUCGUUCGCAGCGUGACUUAGUUCCGUCCUCCUCCUCAGGGGUAUCACUUCAGCCGUCCUCCUCCCUCUCCUCCUCUUCCCACGCUGCUCCCCCCUCCGCCCAGCACCGUGCUGUUGACCUGACCUCCUCCUAUCCCCAGUUUAAGCGGGAAAUUGCCAGAAUCCGCUGCCUGGCGUCUCUUAAACCCUCUACCUCCGGAGCGUGGCAGGAAUGGGCGGAGAGAGUGAGAGGAAAGGCAUCCCUGCAGGACAAGGAGCAGAUGCAGCAGGGGAGGGAGGAGCAGCAGCAGCAGCAGCAGCAGCAAGUGCAACCAGGGCUUAACGGCAGCGCGAGUGCUCAUGUAACUCUGAACAGAGGGCGUUCAGAGCUCUUCUCUGAUCACUCAUCACCAGCUAUUCCCUCAGAUGGCAUCCCCAUGGGCCAACUGAGGCGCAGCAGCAGCAGCAGGCACGUUCGCCAUUCUCACUCCCAUACCACACGUGCUGGUUUUAAGUCCCCCUCCUCUUCUCAUCUCUCCUCUGCAACAGUCUCCGCACCACCCGCAGGCUCCAACCCUCGUCUCCCCUCUCAGUUGCUCCCUCCUCUGCUCCGGUUCCUCUUUGAACCUGGGCCCCCUCCGAACCCCUCACUGCCUGCCCGUGCUGACCUGCUUAGGGCCAAGGCUACAGGGUUGUCGUGGGUUGAGCGGAGGGAGCUGUCUAUUAGAGGGCUGAUUCUGAGGCCAGAGGAGGAGGAGAAAGUUGCAGAGGAGGAUCAGAAGGGUGGGGAACACGGGGAGGGCAAGGGAGGGAGGAGUGGAAGGGAAGAGGAUGUAGUGGGAAGGGGGGGUCCGUUGGGUGAGAUGGGUGAAUGUGUAGAAGAAGGAAGGGGAGAGGAAGAGGGAAGGGGAGGGGGAGAGCGAGAGGAGAGGGGAGAGGGAGAGAGUGAGCGGAGUAGGCUGGUGCGGGAACAGUUGAUGCUGCAGCUUGCAGUGCAGGAGAGGGAGGAAGAGGUAAGGAGGCAGAUGCUCUUAGAGAAGCAGGGAGGAGAGGUGCAGAGGGCUUGUGAUUGGGGGGAGGUAGAUGGGCGAGAUGGAGAAGAGAAUGAGAUGAAGGGUCCUGCUGCUGUGGGGCUGAGUUCAGAUUCUGUUGAGUCUCCUGUUGGUAGUUAUGCUGCUGCUGGUGAUGCUGCCGCCACUGCUGCUGUUGCUGCUGCUGCUGCUGCUGCUAGCGCAAGUGAUGCUGUGGGUUCUAGGGCUGCUGCUACCCCAGCCACCACUGCUGCUCCCAGAUUGCGAUCGCUUUCUCGGCUAUAUGCCACCCGCCGCCGCCCGUCUCAAGAUGGCAGUUUCGGCAGCAAGCGGAGUGUGGGAAGCACCCACCACAGUGAGAGAAGUAUAGGAGAGGAGGAGGGUGGGGAUGGGGAGGAGGAGGAGAGGGAGGGCAGAGCAGAGAGAGAUGAGAGUGAUAAGGCAAGUGACCAGAGUGGGAUGGAGAGUGAGAAAGAGGAGGAUGAGGAGGAGGAUGGGGAGGAGGAUGGGGAGGAGGAGGGAGAAAAGGAGGUGGAGGGUUUAACAGCAAGGGAAGAGGCAAUGAUGUUGCUCUGGGUGCUGCCUGGUACAGGGAGCGAGGAGGAGGAGGAGAGGAGGAAGUUGAAAAUACGGCAAGCACUGGCAGCAGCAGCAGGAGGAAUCGCCACGGGGGCUUUAACUGUGGCGGGGGGGAUCAAGGGAGGGGCAACAGCCGGGAUGAGGAACGUGGCGACAGCUGCAGCAGGGGGGAUUGGAGGGAUAAGGGGAGGGGCGAGGAAUGUAGCGUCAGCAGCAGCAGCAGCAGCGUCAGGGAUAAGGUCACACAGCAUGGCUCUUCCACGAGGUGUGACUAUGGGCGCUGGUGAUCAUAACGGGGUUAGGGAAGGUGAAGGAGGAGGAGGAAGAGCGAGAGGAGGAAUAGGAGGAGAGGUAGUUGGAGAGGGAAGAGGAGAGGGAGGAGGGAAUGUGUUUAAGCAGACCCUGGGGAGGGUGAAGGGGACAGUCAUGGGGCUGAGCAGCAGGGGUAUCCCGAGAAUGGAAACCUUCAGGGCAACUAGCCCCAAAUCUCCCAGGGUUUUCCACAAUCCGCCCAGCAUUUUCCGGCAGAAAUCUGCAGGUGCUGCUGAAGAGGCCGUACUCGUUACAAGGGGCCGCGUUACAAAAGGCAGUGAGGGGACGAGGGUGGCCCGAAGUAAGAGUGCAGACCAGAGGGGUGUGAGAGGCGAGGUGGCAACUGGCUCUGAGGCGCUUCAAAAUCUCGGGAGGUCUCACUCGGGGGAGGUGGUGCUUGGCGCUGCUGGCCUCCCGAAGCUUAUGCGGGAAUACGAUGCCGAUGGUGAUGAUGACUAUAGCGAGGAUGAGGAUGAGAGUGACGUUAAUGAGGGUGAUGUUAACGAGAAUGGCAAUGACGAGGAUGUGGGUCGGGGCAGCAGUGAUGCGCUCUGGUGGGGUGGCUACGAGGAGGAGGAGGAGGAGGAGGAGCUGAUUCUUGAUGAUGCAUGUGAAGAUUCAGGUGAAACUUCAGGUGAGUCCUCGCGUAAUCCGCUUGUCUUUCGGGCUACACGAGAAGGGGAAGAGGAAGGUUCGGGGAGAGGCUUGGAAGAGGGAGGUUCGGGGGAAGGUUCGGCGAGAGCAUUGGGUCCAUGGGGUGCUCUGAAGAAGCUCAGCAGCAGGAGGAGAGAUGGAGGGUCGAGAUCUUCUUUCGGCUCCGAUCUAGCGUCCGUCAAUGAAGAGGAGUUGGAGGAGGGAGGGGAGGUGAGUGAGGAGGAGAGAGAGGUGAGUGCGGGGGAGAGGGAGGUGAGGGAGGAGGGGAGAGAGGCGAGGGAGGAGGGGAGAGAGGCGAGGGAGGAGGGGAGAGAGGCGAGGGAGGAGGGGAGAGAGGCGAGGGAGGAGGGGAGAGAGGCGAGGGAGGAGGGGAGAGAGGCGAGGGAGGAGGGGAGAGAGGCGAGGGAGGAGGGGAGAGAGGCGAGGGAGGAGGGGAGAGAGGCGAGGGAGGAGGGGAGAGAGGUGAGCAAGGAGGGGAGAGAGGCGAGUGAGGGGAGGAGAGAGGAAAAUGAGGGGGGGAGAGAGGUGGGGGAACGAGGAGAGGUAGAGGAGAGAACAGGGAUGAAAGGAGGGGAGAUGGAAGCAACUAAGAGUGACGGGGAGGUGGGGCGGAGAGAGACAGAGGAGGGAGGGAGAGAUAAAGAGGAGGGGGGGGGAGAGACGGAGGAGGGGAGAGAGACGGAGGAGGGGAGGAGAGACACAGAGGAAGGGGGGAGAGAGACAGAGGAGGGGGGGAAGUGCUUUUGGGAAUCUGAAAGGUUGCAGGAAGGAGAGUCAGAGAAGGGUGGGAAGGUGGAGGAGAGAGGGGUGGAUGGGAGAAGAGGGAUGGAGGAGGGGAAGCAGUUGGAAGAGGGUGGGGAGACUGUGGGGGAAGUUGCACUAGUAAAAGCAGUUGGGGGAGCAGCAACCAUGCCGGAAGCAGCAGAAGCAGCAGGGGCAGAAGCAGCAGGAGCAGAAGCAAGAGAAACAGAUGCGGCAGACACAGCAGAAGCAGCAGAAGCAGAAGAAACAGCAGAAGCAGCAGAAGGUGGAAAGGUGGAGGAGGAGAAGGGGGUUGAUGGGAGGAGAGGGAUGGAGGAUGGAAAGGAGAGGGAAGAGGGUGAGGAGGCUGAGGAGGAAAGUGUUAGGGAGGGGGAGGAGUUGGAGGGGCCUGGGGAGAGUAGAGGGGAGGAGGAGAGAGAGGGUGAGGAGAGGGAGGUUGGGAAAGAGGGGAAGGAGGGAGGAGGGGAGGAGAGGAGAGAAGGGAUGGUGGGGAUCGAUUACAGUGCUCAUUCCAGUCUAUUUGCAGCUCCAGCGGUGGCUGAAGCAGCAGUGGUAGCAGUUGGAGGAGCAGCAGCAAUGGCAGAAGCAUCAGGAGCAGCAGAAACAGCAGAAGAAACAGAAGAGGCAGAAGCAGCGGAAGAAGAAGAAAGAGCAGAAGGAGCAGAACGAGCAGGAGUAACAGAAGCUGUUGGGGAAAUCGCAGUAGUGGCGGAAACAGCCGAAACUACAGGAGAAGCAGACGCAGUUGGGGAAGCAGGCGGAGUUGCAGCAGCAGAGGAGGUUGAGGAGGAAGCAGCAGCAGUAGCCGAAAUAGGGAUUAUUGAAUCAUCGUUCUUAGUUGUACCAACUGCUGCUGUGACUGCCCCAGAUGUACCUGACCCAGAUGUAUCAGCUGCACCUGCUUCGGAUGCACCUGCUUCAGAUGCACCCGCUUCGGAUGCACCUGCUUUGAAUGCAUCUGCUUCAGAUGCACCUGCUCCAGAUGCACCUGCUUCGAAUGUACCUGCUUCGAAUGUACCUGCUUCGGAUGCACCUGCUUCGGAUGCAUCUUGUUUGGAUGCACCUGCGUUGGAUGCACCUGCUUCAGAUGCACCUGCUCCAGAUGCACCUGCUUCAGAUGCACCUGCUUCGGAUGUACCUGCUUCGUCGGAUGCACCUGCUUUGGAUGCAUCUUCUUUGGAUGCACCUGCACUGGAUGCACCUGCUCCAGUUGUUCCUGCUUCGGAUGCACCUGCUUCGGAUGCACCUGCUUCAGAUGCACCUGCCACGACAAAAUGCCGAAUUGGGUCGGCGGUUGCAGCAGCAGUGGCGGCAGGGGAUGUGGUGAUAAGUGAGGGCGCAGUAGGGGCAGCAGAUUUAGCAGGAGAGGCAGAGCAGCCAGUGCUGGAGCGAACACACGAGCUGUCUGGCAGGAGAGGAUCAGACGCAGCCACAGGAUCAGGGGAAACUAAGGACGGGACUUUGCAGGAAGGUGCUGGGGAGCAGAGGAGUGUGGAAGAUGGGAGUGUGGAGGGAGGGAGUGUGGAAGAAGGGAGUGUAGGCAAGGGGGGUGUGGAGGAAGGGAGUGUGGGCAAAGGGAGUGUGGAGGAAUGGAGUGUGGGCAAAGGGGGUGUGGAGGAGAGUGGCGGCGUUGCAGGGAAGAGGGUGAAGGCCAAGGGGAAGAAAGGCGAGAAGAAGGCGCUGCUUAAGGCUCCUUCCAGGAAGAUUCACCGGCAGGAGUCAAGAGAUGGGGAGGACGCUCCUGAUUCUGAUGCAGGGGUAAAGGGAAGGAAGGGCCACACCCACAGGAAAGCGCACAAGAGUCAGGGUAAAGAGGCACAUCACACUCACCAGCAGGAGCAGCGGCAGCAAGGGAAGGGACAGGAUCAGCAGGAGCAGCAGCAGCAGCAGCAGGAGCAGCAGCAGCAGCAGCAGCAAGAGGUGCAGCUGCUACCAAACGUGACAAUUCGUCACUCGCUGCCGACAGGAGAGCUGGUAGCAACGCCCCAGCACCUCUCCAUCCCUGCUGCGCCCUUGUCCCCCACCAGCGCCACCAGCACGCCUCACAGCAACGCCUCCUCGCCCGCCUCCCCUGCUGGUUCCUUCAGCUUCGCCCUGCUGUCCCCUGUGACCCCUAAGAAGCCCCUCAAACAAGGAACCGCUGCUGCUGCUGCUGCUGCUGCUGCUAGUGCGGGCACUGCUGCUGGUGUUAGCGUUUCCGGUGAUACUAUUGGUGGCCCGGGUGCUGGUGGUGUGAGUAAUGAUGCCAUCGCUGCUGCAGGGAAGAAGGCAGGGAAGGGGAAGAAGAAAGCCGUUCAUCUACCGGCUAUUGGCGAGGCGGAAGGCAGUGACAGUGAAGUGAAGGAGGGGCAAAAGAAGCGGAGUACCAAGAAGCACUUGCACAGGGGAGCGUCAGUGGCAUCAGCUGCAUCGGCAGACUCCCGGGCAUCUGUAGCAUCUGUAGCAUCGGUAGCAUCGGUAGCAUCGGUAGCAUCAGCAGCGUCGGUAUUUUCAGCAGCAUCGGCAGCAUCACUCGCGUCUGCAGAGUCAGGAGAAUCAAGUGCAAGUACAAUCUCGUCUGGUAGAGCCAGAAAGUCACCCGGUAACAAGUCACCAGUUACCCUCACUGGCGCUGGCAGCACCAAGCCCCACCACAGAGCCCCUGUGCCCAAGUCCCAGUCCGUGUCUCCCACACCCCGCUCACUACACAGCUCCCCUUCUGAGGCGCCUAAAGAAUCGCCCUCUGUAGAUAGUUGUGCUGCUGGAAUUGGAGCGUCAUCAGGUGGACGCCCACCUGUGGCCGAACCCACUGUCAAGCUUCAAGCGUCGCCCAGCAGCAAACGACGGUCCGUGGACGAUUCUAGCGGUACUCGGAGCCCCCCCGUGCGAAGGAUGAUCCCCCAGAGCGUGAGCGCCUCGCAUGCGUUUGUUGUUGAGAGCAGCAGCAACAGCGGCAGGAGCGUCUCACCUGUGGGCUUCCAAAAUCCGCCGGGGCGGGGGCAUGCUGAUGCGCCUCGGCUCCCGCCUGUGCCUGGUCCUACUCACAGUCCAAGGAGAAGGCCGUCUGUGGAUGACCCUACUGGCAGGCCAGGAUCCCCAGUGGCCCCAGUGGCUCCAUUCUCCCCCUCAGGCCGACGGCUCUCAUUUGAUGACUCAAGUGGCACUCGGAGCCCCCCCGUGCGAAGGAUGAUUCCGCAGAGCAUGAGCGCCUCGCAUGCGUUCGCUGUUGCCAGCAGCAGUGCCUCACCUGUUUCAGUUAGUGGCUCUCCGACGGGCAACAGAAGGUAUGCAGAUUACUCUAGUGGCACUCGGAGCCCCCCCGUGCGGAUGCGAAUCCCCCAGAGCAUGAGCGCGUCGCAUGCUGCUGCGCAGGAGGAGGGGCGGAGGGAGGAGGAGGAAGAGGAGUGGGGGGGUGGUGCAGGGAAUGGCGAAGGGAGGGGUGAAGGGGAGAAGGGGGCUGUUGUAUCGAGCAAGAAGAAGGGUGGUGUGUUGAGCAAGGGCGGUGUGUCGAGCAAGGGUGGUGUGUCGAGAAAGGGCGGCAUUGGGAAGAUAUUGAAGGGGCUGGAUUCGUCGAUGGGGAAGCUGCUGAAAGCCGCUGGUGGGAAGAAGAGUAAGGCUCACCACACUGUCGCUGCUGCUGCUGAUGCGGAUGCCAGUGCUGCUGCUGCUUCUGGCAAUGGUUUUGCUGCUACUGCUGUAGAGGCUGCUGCUGAAGCGGGCGAUUUGCCUGCAGAGGAGAGGGUAGCAGCGAAGGUGAAACGAACGAUGAGCAAGAAGGGUAAGGAGGGGAGGAAGGGGGAGGAGGGAGAGAUGGACGGUAAGGGGGGUGUGGCAACAGGGAGCAGCGAAGCGGCAAAGGAGGAGGGGGGAAGAAGAGGAUGAGUCGGAUGAUGAGUGAGGUAAAGGCAGAAGGGAAGGACGAGGGCGUGGAGGGAGGCGAGUGGAAGGCGAGCCGAACGCUUAG